AUGAGUGGCUAUCAUAGUGGUCACUACGGGGGAUCGACCUCCCCCUAUGGAAAUAAUGGAAAUGGAAAUGGAAAUGGAAAUGGAAAUGGAAAUGGAAAUGGAAAUGGAAAUGGAAACGGCUAUUAUGGAAACGGAAACUACGGAUACGGCGAGGAAAUGGUCGAAUUUGACGUCCUCCACCACGGACAUGGUCACGGCAACGAUCCUGCAUACAUGAACAGUAUGAAUAUGAGCGGAUACGACGACAGGUCGAUGGUGAGAUCACCGCCCAAACCCGUCCGACCGGGCCUUCAACCCGCCGAAGAAUUUGUCUCGCCGGUUGGAACUCCCCUCGGCACUCCAGGCGGGCAGUCAGGAUGGCCCUUGACGAAUCGACGUGGUCAUGUCGAUUCCUUUGCCAGUGUGUCGAGCACACCGGCCGGAUCUCGCUCCACCACUCCAGCAUUCGUUCGACAGUAUCAGAAUAACCAGAGUUUCCAAAGCCAUCAAAGUCUAACAGCGCUCGUCGACCAACCCCCUUCGCCGCUAUAUGCCAAAGACUGGGUUCAACAAGGCUCGAUUGCGCGAAUCGCGGACCGUGACGACGUUGAUAUCUGGAAAGGCUGGCGGAGGUGGGUGUAUAAUUUCGUGCCGUUUUUGACGUUUGCCAAUAUGGCGAUUUACAUCUUCUAUCUGGGUUUACGGAUUGCGUGUGUGAUUCUCGCUCAAAAGGCGGAGCGUUCUACAUUUGCCGGUGCCUGGGUGUUUAUUGCGUUGGAACUUGCGACUGCGAUUCCGUCUAUGUUGCAUAAUUGUUGGACCAUGUUUGCGUUGAAGUCGAGAUUGCGUCCGCAGUUGCGACUUACAGGAGACGACUGUCCGACUGUGGAUGUUUUUAUUACGUGUUGCGGUGAGGAUGAUGAGGUCGUUAUCGACACUGUUCAUGCGGCGUGCGAUCAGGAUUAUCCGAUGGAUAAGUUUCGGGUGAUCGUCUUGGAUGACGCCAAGUCUUCUAGCCUCGAAGCGUCGGUUCGUCAGUUGGCUCUGACCUAUCCCAACGUUCACUACAUGGCUCGAACAAAGAUCCCUGGCGUUCCGCAUCAUUUCAAGGCCGGUAAUCUCAAUUACGGCCUGGAACAGACUCGACUGAUGCCUGGUGGAGCUGGUCAAUUUAUGGCUGCACUGGAUGCUGACAUGAUUCCCGAACAACAAUGGCUGCGCGCGACUCUCCCUCACUUACUGAUCGACCCCAAAAUGGCCCUGGUCUGUCCUCCCCAACUGUUCUACAACUGCCCCCCUGCAGAUCCCUUGGCACAAAGUUUGGACUUUUUCGUGCAUGUCAUCGAACCCAUCAAGGACGCUCUUGGCGUUGCUUGGUGUACUGGGUCUGGAUACGUCGUCCGGCGAGAAGCCCUAGACGAUAUCGGUCAAUUUCCUCUUGGCUCCUUGGCUGAAGAUGUGGCAACCUCGACUUUGAUGUUGGGCAAAGGAUGGAAGACAGCGUACAUCCACGAGGCGUUGCAGUUUGGUACCGUUCCGGAAGAUUACGGCGGUCAUUUGAAGCAGCGUACUCGAUGGGCUAUUGGUACAGUCGAUACCGCGUUCAAACUCAAGUUUUGUCUAUGGGGGGAUGCCAUUAAACAAAUGACCUUUGCCCAAAGAUUCUCAGGUUUUCUGUACGCUACGCUGAGUUUGUAUACUAUUCUGCUAACGGCGUCUCUCUUCGCCAUUCCGAUCAUCCUGAUUUGGGGCCGACCACUCGUUGCUUACGCUAAUAUGGAGCAACUCAAAUGGCUCGUCUGGGCGUGUUUUGCAUCAACCAUGAGCAACCGUCUCUGCGAGUUUGCCUUGUUUAUUCCCGCCGGCUACCACACCGGUCAACGAGGUUCUCGAUACGGUAUGUGGAUGUCACCCUAUCUCGCCCUGUGCAUUAUCCGAUCCUUCUUCCUCCCCAAAUGGCUCGGCGGACAGACCCAAGCCUUCAAACCAACUGGCUCGUUGGGAUCAGCUCUGGAAGAACGCGACCCCAAACGCCGAAAGGGAAUGGUGCGUCGUCUCUGGACGAUAUUGAUGAAUUACAUGGCCCUGUUCCAUCUCGCAUUCGUCUACCUCACCAUCGUCGCCGUGUGUCUCUCGUCGUAUCGAUGCUUCUUCCAAGAAAAUCCCAACAACUUCAAAAACGUCUUUCUCUGUCUGAUCACCCACGCCUUCUGGCCUCCAUUGACGUUCCUGUUUGUGAUUACCUCCCUCUGGACCCCGAUCGCAUACGCAAUUGAUCCACCCUCAAUGCCCGAUCGCGAAGAAUUACUCCAACGCGAUCCCAAAACCGGGGUUGCGCAUCCAACGCCUCAAAGUAAAAAGAUCGCUUUUGCGGGCCAAGAGGCUUGGUUUGAAUUGGAGUAUACAUUUGCGACGGCUUUUACUAUUUUUGUGUUUGUUUAUUCUUUUUUUUACCUUUAA